CCUUCAAACUUGAAAAUUAAAAUCAGAUUUGCUUUUUUUUUUUUCUUUCUUCCUCAGCCGAAGAAGAAGAAUCAGAAUUCAGUCUUUUUACUCAUUUCCGAUGAUGAUGAUUCUGUCUCACUCAUCAUUGAAUCGAUCAUUCCAUUAACAAAUCUCGCCGGAGUUUCUUCUCCAACCAUGCCUCUACCUAUAUUCUCGUCACGGUUACAGUGUUCGUCGUCGUCGUCUUCGUUUCCUCGGCCUAAGCGUCGUAUUGAUCCUAGCUUGACUUUGAUUCCAGGCUUAUCAAACGACGUCGCGAGGCUGAUCCUCUCCUUCGUCCCUUACCCUCACAUCUCUCGUCUCAAAUCCACUUGUAAAUCAUGGUACGCUUUCCUCUCUUCCAAAACCCUAAUUUCACUCCGCCAUAGCCGCCGAGACAACACAGACGGCGAAAACAACAACAAUCUCUCGCAUCUCCUCUGUAUCUUCCCUCAAGAUCCUUCGAUUUCGCCUCCGUUUCUCUUCGAUCCCGUCACUCUUUCAUGGAAACCGCUUCCUCUCUUGCCUUGUAACCCUCACGUUUACGGUCUCUGCAAUUUCGUAGCCGUCGCGAUUGGUCCCUGCGUUUACGUUCUCGGCGGCUCUGCUUUCGAUACUAGGUCUUAUCCUCUCGAUGUGCCUUUGCCUACUUCGACUGUGUUCCGUUACAGUUUCGUGAAAUCGAUUUGGGAACGUCUCUCUCCGAUGUUGUCUCCAAGAGGAAGCUUCGCUUGUGCUGCGGUGACUGGUUUGUCUAAUAAUCGGAUCAUUGUGGCGGGAGGAGGAUCACGGCACACGUUGUUUGGUGCUGCGGGAAGUAGAAUGAGUUCGGUUGAGAUGUAUGAUGUUGAGAAAGAUGAGUGGAGAGAGAUGGAUGAGUUGCCUAGGUUUAGAGCAGGAUGUGUUGGUUUCUUGGUUGGGAAUGAGAAGGAGAAGGAGAAAGAGAGAGAGUUUUGGGUGAUGGGUGGAUAUGGCAGAUCAAGGACUGUUUCUGGGAUUCUCCCUGUUGAUGAGUACUAUAGAGACGCUGCAGUGAUGGAUCUGAGUGGUGAGAAAUGGAGGCUUGUUGGAGAUAUGUGGGGAGAAGAAGAGAGACCUAAGCUAGGGAAGAUUGUUGCUGUUGAUUGUGGUAUUAAGCCGGUGUUUUUCAUGUUGGAUAAGGAUCGGAUUCUUAGGUAUGAGAUUGGUUCGAAUCGGUGGAGAAGAGAGUCAAGUGUGCCUAAGAAAGCUCUUUAUGACGAACCAGUUGGUUUCGUUGCGCUCAACGGUGAACUACAUGUUAUGAUUCUUUUGGAUGGGUAUAACUUGAUGGACACAAGGGGUGGUACUAGACAACACAGGAAUGCUGGUUCGUUGAUGAUUCAUAUCUAUGAUCCUAAGAAGAAAACUUGGAGAUCAGUUGUCACAAAGCCACCGUUUAAUCAUCAACUCGAUUUAAGGACCACGGUUAUGUGCACCAUCCGAUUGUAGUAGGUGUUAUAAAAAAACUCUCAUCACAUCGUCUAGAAUAAAAUUUGUUUGUUCAUGGUGUGAGCUCUGAUGAUGUUUAGUAUCGUGUCUGUUUCUUUUGCCGUAUGCAUACAUAUCCUUCCCACAUUAUCUGUGUACAGGUUGAAAAAAAAAAAAAAAGAUGUUUGGGUAUUCUCUGUUAUAUUGUAAAUACAAACUAUAAUAUGGCUUUGUAUAAAAUUGCUCUAGCUGCAAAACAAUGCAACAUUUGCAGGUUCUCUUUUUCUA